AUGGCCCAGGUGGCGAUGUCCACGCUGCCCGUGGAACACAAGUCCUCGGAGAGCAGGAUGGUGGUGACCUUCCUCAUGUCGGCCCUCGAGUCCAUGUGCAAAGAGCUGGCCAAGUCCAAGGCUGAGGUGGCCUGCAUCGCCAUGUAUGAGACCAACGUGUUUGUCGUGGGAACCGAGAGGGGAUGCGCUUUUGCCAACGCACGAAAGGACCUGCAGGAAGAUUUUGCACAAUACUGUGCUGCCGAAGGGCUGAGCGACCGGAAGCCCCCGUGCCCGGUGAAUGGGGCGCAGGUCCCCUCAGGGGAAGCCGAAAUCCUCAGGAAAGCGGUGGAGGACUACUUCUGCCUCUGCUACGGUCAGGCCCUGGGGACAGCAGCCAUGGUGCCCGUGCCCUACGAGGAAAUGCUCCGUGACCCCGUGGCUGUGCAGGUGCAGGGGCUCCCGCCGGGCAUCGCCUUUCAACACCCCCGGAGCUACGAGCUCGCCACCCUGAAGUGGAUUUUGGAGAACAAAGCAGGGAUUUCCUUCAUCAUCCACAGACCUUUCCUGGGUCCUGAGAGCCAGCCAGGUGCUUACGGCUCUGUAACAGAUGCUGAGGGAUCUGCCAUGGCAUCCAAGAGCAGCUGUAGUGACCCCAUCCGUGUGAAAACCGAACCCAUGGAAGAGUCUGGCGUCGCCCUGCCAGCAGCAGAUGUGUCCGUCAAGAAGGAGUCGGAUGACCCCAGCUACCAUCAAUGCCACACACAAGGGAGCUGCUGUACUGCUUCGGGCAAUGAAGCCACUGCCAUGGAAUUCCCCAUGGAAGAUUGUACCCAGCCAGACUGUGCAGAAAGAAAGCCGGACCCUGAAGUGGAUGUGAAAAUGGAGGGAAACACACAUCCAUCGGGUGUUACCCAUUCCUCAGCAGGUGUGGAAGACCUGAACAUCGUUGAAGUGACUGUCCCAGAUAAUGAGAAGCAAAGAUUAUCAAGCAUUGAAAAGAUUAAACAGCUAAGAGAACAAGUCAAUGACCUCUUCAGCCGAAAAUUUGGCGAAGCGAUUGGCGUGGACUUCCCCGUGAAAGUCCCCUACAGGAAGAUCACCUUCAACCCUGGCUGUGUGGUGGUGGACGGCAUGCCCCCGGGGGUGUCGUUCAAGGCCCCCGGCUACCUGGAGAUCAGCUCCAUGCGGAGGAUCCUAGACGCUGCCAAAUUUAUCAAGUUCACGGUCAUCAGACCACUGCCAGGACUGGAGCUGAGUAACGUGGGGAAACGCAAAAUCGACCAGGAGGGCCGCGUGUUCCAGGAGAAGUGGGAGAGGGCCUACUUCUUCGUGGAGGUACAGAACGUCCCCACGUGUCUCAUAUGCAAACAGAGCAUGUCGGUGUCCAAGGAGUACAACCUGCGGCGCCACUACCAGACCAACCACAGUGAGCACUACGACCAGUACACAGAGCAGGUGCGCGAUGCCAAGCUGCAGGAGCUCAAGAGGGGGCUGCGCAGGUACCUGCUGGGGUCGCCCGAGGCUGCCGCAGCAGCCACAGCUGUGGGACCCCCAGCGCCCAGGCCAGCACCAGCCAGCACCAGUACAGCUACUGCUGUGACUACCACACAACCAGUGGAGGAUGUGGCCGGCAGCUUGUGGGACAAGCUCCGGGAGAAGAUCAGGGCCUUCGUGGCCUACUCCCUCGCCCUGGAUGAGAUCACGGACAUCAAUAACACCCCGCAGGUGGCCAUCUUCAUCCGUGGUGUGGACGAGAACUUAGAUACAUCCGAGGAGCUGCUGGACACGGUGCCCAUGACGGGCACCAAGUCCGCACACGAGAUCUUCCUGCGUGUGGAGAAGAGCCUGAGGAAGUUUAACGUGGACUGGGCCAAGCUGGUGAGCGUGGCCUCUACAGGCACGCCAGCCAUGGUGGACGCCACCAACGGGCUGGUGACCAAGCUCAAGUCCAAGGUGGCGGCAUGCUGCCGGGGCUCGGAGCUCAAGUCGGUGUGUUGCAUCCUGCAUCCGGAGUCGCUGUGCGCCCAGAAGCUGAAGAUGGACCACGUCAUGGACGUCGUGGUGAAGUCGAUCAACUGGAUCUGCUCCAGAGGCCUGAACCGCAGCGAGUUCAGCACGCUGCUCUACGAACUGGACAGCCAGUACGGCAGCUUCCUCUACCACACGGGCAUCAAGUGGCUGAGCCGCGGGCUGGUGCUCAAGAGGUUCUUCGAGUCCCUCGAGGACAUCGAUUGCUUCAUGUCAUCCCGGGGCAAGCCACUGCCCCAGCUGAGCUCCGGGGACUGGAUCCGAGACCUGGCCUUCCUGGUGGACAUGACCACACACCUCAACACGCUGAACGUGGCCCUCCAGGGCCACUCGCAGGUGGUCACGCAGAUGUACGACCUGCUCCGGGCUUUCGUGGCUAAGCUGUGCCUGUGGGAGACACACCUGACCAAGAACAACCUGGCCCACUUCCCCACGCUGAAAGCCGUGUCCAGGAGCAACAGCGACGGCUUGCACUACAUCCCCAAGGUGGUAGAGCUCAAGGUCGAGUUCCAGAACCGCCUGGCCGAUUUCAAACUCCACGAGGGGGAGCUGGCCCUGUUCAGCUCGCCCUUCUCCGUCAAGGUGGACUGCGUGCGGGAAGAACUGCAGAUGGAGGUGAUCGACUUGCAGUGCAACACCUGCCUCAAGGCCAAGUACGACAAGGUGGGCGUGCCGGAGUUCUAUAAGUACCUGUGGAGCAGCUACCCCAAGCUGCGGAGCCACAGCGCCAGGAUCCUGUCCAUGUUCGGCAGCACCUACAUCUGCGAGCAGCUCUUCUGCAUCAUGAAACUCAGCAAGACCAAAUACUGCUCCCCAUUCCCAGGGGCCCCGUGGGACUCAGUGCUCCCCGUGGCCUCCUCAUGAGCAAGGGACGCAAACCCUCUGGCCAGGCCCCACCCAUCCUCGCCAUGGCCAAGCGAGAACAUUCAUGACACAAUUUUCCCAUAUUGUCUUUUUUUUUUUUUUUACUCUCCUACUUGGAAUGGAAAACACACUUAUUGGCAGCUUCGUUCUCAUUUAUUUUUACUUUUGAAAAUUUCAUUUCCUUGUUAUCAUUUGUAAGGCGUAUGAUGCCUCUCGCCGGAGUUCAGUAGAAGCUGGAGGAUUCUGUUGGA